GGAGAUGAAGAGUGAAAGAGCAUCUACAGAUAAAGAAGUAAAGUCAUGGAACUACUUGGUUCACUUGCUGCUAUUUUGAUCAUUCUGUUCAGCUUCCAUGCAGGCACUCAUGCCUUCCCUACAUACAGGUGCCCUAGUGGCCUUCCAGAUGAUAAAGGAAAGAUAUCACUCAUUGCCACUAGCACAGAGACUGGUUACAGUGUAAAGUGGGUCACUCAUGAUACCUACUAUGUUGACUACCUCAACCUUGAAACAAUAUGUUAUCCACAAGAAACAAAACCAACAGGAAAAACCACAGUCUUUGUUGAAUUGUCUGAAGUAAAAUUUGGUGUAAAAAACUUCACAGUAGAUGAUACUAAGGAUACACUAGAGUGUAGGAUCUUUGGUUGCUACAUUGAUUCUGAAUGGGCAGACAUUCAUGCAAUUGAGCCUGUUAUCAUUAGAAUUGAAAGAGGCUCACCAUCUCCAACUUCCUCCAUUAUAGCUUCUCCUUCUCCUUCGCCAUUUUCACCAUUCCCUUCACCUUCCUCUUCACUGGCUACCAUUACAACUUGCUCAACUAUUACUACAACUAUUUCCACCCUGCAAAACUCUCCAAUUUCUAGUGAAGCACCUAAAGUAGUAUACUCACUGACUAAACGGAGUAGUACUGGCCAAAAUGCAGGCACUGAAGGAAAUGAUACUAACAAUACUUUUAAAGAUCACUUUGAUAUUGUUGUUGUGAUACUAUGCCUUGUUGUGGUUUUUGCUUUGUUAAUUCUCAGUGGUAUCAUUGUUGUCUUGAUAUUGGAGAUAAGAAAAAUGAAGCAAACUAAGAUUUCUCCAAGAGAACUGUCUUAAACAUAAUAUUUUCAUUAUGAUAUUAUUAAUUUUGUUAUGCUUAUUUAUGAAUCUAAGUAUAAGUUAUUUAAACCAGA